AUGACCGGACAAACGGGUAAUGCGGGCGGAGGGGGGAUGAGCGGGGGAGGUAUGGGUGGCGGAGAAGGCAUGGGCGGAGGAAGCUUGGGCGGAGGAAGCAUGGGCGGGGGAAGCAUGGGGGGAGGAAGCAUGGGCGGAGGAAGCAUGGGCGAGGGAAGCAUGGGGGGAGGAAGAAUGGUCGGUGGGGGAAUGGGCGGUGGGGGAAUGGGCGGGGGAGGCAUGGGCGGAGCAGGCAUGGGCGGAGGGGGAAUGGGCGGGGGAGGUAUGGGCGGCGGAGGAGGCAUGGGCGGAGGAAGCAUGGGCGGAGGAAGCAUGGGCGGGGGAAGCAUGGGCGGGGGAAGCAUGGGCGGGGGAAGCAUUGGCGGAGGAAUGGGCGCGGGAGGGAUGGGAGGCGGAGGAGGCAUGGGCGGAGGAAGCAUGGGCGGAGGAAGCAUGGGCGGGGGAAGCAUGGGCGGGGGAAGCAUGGGCGGGGGAAGCAUGGGCGGGGGAAGCAUUGGCGGAGGAAUGGGCGCGGGAGGGAUGGGAGGCGGAGGAGGCAUGGGCGGAGGAAGCAUGGGCGGAGGAAGCAUGGGCGGAGGAAGCAUGGGCGGUGGGGGAGGUAUGGGCGGCGGAGGAGGCAUGGGAGGCAUGGGGGGUGGCAGUGGGUCAUCGGGUGGGAGUGCGUGUGGCAACAGCAGCAGCAGCAGGAGCGCCAAGCUGACGAACAGCAACGGCAAGAGGGUGAUGACGAGCAACGGGUGUCCGGGGUACGCAUGGCGGGUGCAGGCCACGCUGUACGCGCCGCUGCAGCAGGCGCUCUCGUUGGCCGUGCCGCUCGCCCCCGUGAUCGCGUCCUCCGCCAUCCCUGUCGCCCUCAACGGCACCUGCAAGAUGGGGCCCAUCGGCUUCGCGCUCAAUGGCGUGCCCUUCUACAGUGCGUGUGACGCCCUGGGUCGGGACGCCCUGCAGUAUGAGGGCUCCACGUUUGACGUGUGUGGGGGGCACCCCACGCCCUCGGGCCAGUACCACUACCACGUCGCUCCCGGCCUCGCCAACCCCUCUGCCAUCUCCUCCUCUCGCUCCACCGCCUUCAACCUCUGCAACGCAUCCUUCUGGCAGGACAUCCCCGGGCAGCACUCGCCGCUGCUGGGCUUCCUGGCGAACGGCAUUCCACUGUUCGGCCCGCGGGGAGCAGGGGGAGCGCUGCCGGCAGGGGUGGACGAGUGCGGGGGGCACGUGGGCGACGGCAGUGGGGGCGAGCCGGCGUUCUACCACUACCACGCCAGCAGCACUGCGCCCUACACCGUGGCGUGCCUCAAGGGCUGCGUCUCCUCGUCCGACUGGGGCACCCUCGGCUCCUCCUCCUGCAGCAAGGCCACCCAGCAAUAUGACUACUCAUCGCUGGCAGCAGUGCAGGCAGCAUGA